AUAGGGCGGCACUGCGCCCACGCCGACUGCCAUCAGCUGGAUUUCCUGCCCUUCCGCUGCGACCGCUGCUCCAAAGUCUACUGCCUGGAGCACAGGGUGUGCCCGUGCAGCAAGGACGGAGACACGGUGCUCGUGUGCCCCCUGUGCGCUAAAGCCGUGGUCUGCCCUCCCGGGGGAGAUGUGGAGCUUGUCUACGACAGGCACACGCGCACCGAGUGCGACCCUUCCAACUACGACAAGGUGCACCGCAAGCCGCGGUGCCCCGUGGGCGGCUGCAAGGAGAAGCUCACCACCAUCAACUCGUAUACCUGCCGAGAGUGCGGCGUCACCGUGUGCCUCAAGCACAGGCUGGCGGCAGACCACAAGUGCCAGGUGCCAAGGCAGCAGCCGGCACCGGUGGCAGCCGGUGGCGGCAGCAGCAGCCGGAGGCCCACGGUGGCGCAGAAGGCGGCGGCGGUGGCGGCCAAGACCAAGGACAGCAUCCAGUCGCAGCUGCAGCAGUACCGGCAGCAGCGGAAGGGUGGGCCGCCCGGGGCAGCUGGGGUGGUGGACUUGACAGGCAGCAGCCCGACAGCCACCCCCAAUGGCGCCGAGCAGUGCCCGCAGUGUGGCGUGCGGUUUGCCACCGUCCAGCAGCUGAUUGAGCACGCGGAGGCGGCGCAUUCGGGCGGCUGGAGCAGCGGCGCCGUCAACAUGCAGCAGCAGCAGCACGUGCCGCCGGCAGGUGGACUCGAGCGCUGCCCCCACUGCGGCCGGGAGUUUGCAGAUGCUGUGCAGCUGGUGGCGCACGUAGAACAGCAGCAU